CAGACCAGCCCGUAAGCGCAGUGAGUUUGCCCGCGACUACAAGUUUCUUCCAACCCGGCUGCACUGUGGAGAGGGCCCUGCAAAGCUUUUUGGACAGUACCACCAUGGAUGCCUUUCGAGCAGUGGCAUAUUACGCACUCUUUCUCUUCCUGUGGAAUUUACCAUGUUUCCAGUCCGCUGCGCUCAUCUCCGCAGCUCCGAGAAGAAACCGGGGGGCUAGGGUCCCGUAUGACGGAGCAAGGUCACACAAAUUUAUCAAAGAAAUCUUUGCAUCAUCUUCCUCGGCUCUCGGCCGUCACCGGGAUGAGUUCAAAGACGCGGUUGUGCCCCACGACUACAUGAUCUCCAUUUACAGGACAUAUUCGGCAGCCGAGAAACUGGGCAUAAACGCGAGUUUUUUCCGCUCUUCAAAGUCGGCCAAUACCAUCACAAGUUUUGUGGACAGAGGAAAAGACGAUCUCUUGCACUCUCCUUUGCGAAGACAAAAGUAUCUGUUUGAUGUCUCAACCCUUUCAGACAAAGAAGAGCUGGUUGGAGCUGAAUUAAGGAUAUUUCGAAAGGCUCCCGGGGAUUUCCAGGCGUCCCCACUAGAUCUCUACGGCAUUCACUUACUCCCCUGCCGAUCAGACAGGCUACUGGAUUCCAGAACCAUUGAUCUCCAGGAUUCCAGAAAACCCGGCUGGGAGGUUUUGGACGUUUGGGGAAUGUUUAAAAAUCGACAUCACUCCAGCCAAGACAACCACCAGCUUUGCCUUCAGCUCAAGGGCACCAUCGGUAAAUCAGAAACGGAAAUCGACUUGAAACACUUGGGAUUUGACAGGAACGGUCGCUCCCAGCAAGAGAAGGCUAUCUUGGUGGUGUACACCAGGUCUCGGAAGAGAGAGAACUUGUUCAAUGAAAUGAAAGAGAAGAUUAAGUCCAGGGGCUCCCGCUGGACCGAAGAGGAGAGUGGCCUGCAGUUUAAGGCCAGGCGCAGGCGGAGGACCGCUCUGGGCAACCGCCACGGCAAGCGGCAUGGGAAAAAGUCGAAAUCGAGGUGCAGCAAAAAAGCGCUUCAUGUCAAUUUUAAGGAACUGGGAUGGGACGACUGGAUCAUCGCGCCCCUGGAUUACGAAGCCUACCACUGCGAGGGUCUGUGCGACUUCCCCUUGAGAUCGCACCUUGAGCCAACCAACCACGCAAUCAUACAAACUCUCAUGAACUCAAUGGAUCCCAACAGCACACCUCCAAGCUGUUGUGUUCCUACCAAACUGAGUCCCAUCAGUAUACUGUACAUUGACUCUGGUAAUAACGUUGUGUACAAACAAUAUGAAGACAUGGUGGUAGAACAGUGCGGUUGCAGGUAGCGUCCUCAGUGCCCCCAUCAUUCGAAGACGCCCUCCUUUUUUAUAGGCCUAGAAAAAAGAAAAGAAAAGCACCAGCCAUCCAUCACAGCGUGAAUCAAACAUCACAUCCCUGCUCAGACAAAUGCAGACAGCAAACCCACUAAAGGUUCAGUCUGAAAGCAAAUGGGCGCACAACGUGGGCCUCUUUUCUCGUUCAAAAGGGAUUCUUGCGUAAAAAAAAUAUUUUUUCAGUAGAAUUACAACUGUUUACUCUGUCGUCCCAAGCCUUGUCCACUGUCACAUGAUAACCACAACAAUAUGUAUACCGCAACCAAACAAACAUACAAACAAAACACCAUUCUGACCCAGAUCCCAAGUCAAAAUAAUGUGCGCAUCCCCUCUAUUUGGCCGUCACCACACAGACGCAUGCGAGAGAUGGCAAAACGUCUAUCAGCACAUUUGGAUCACCCCCAAGUCACUUGCCCGUGCAGGAUAGCGACCGAUCAGGAAAAAAACAAAACAAUUUACGCUCGUCAUCAAACUCUGAUUUCAAUUGACGCAGGUGUGGAACACCUGUUGAAAAAUAAAUCCGUUGCACGGGGCCGUGGAACUGUAACCUGUUUCGCCCCGCUGCUAGUUGCCCUAGCGUGCUGACAGGUGACACUGGUCACUCGUCGCCUAGACGCUGUCAGACGCCCGAAAGGAAGGACCUUUGCUUUUUAACCAAGUGGUGAAUGUAAUCUACCAAACACAUUACCUGGACUGGGCAGACGACUGUCUGCCCGGGCAGACGACUGUCUGCCCACACACAUCCCAGGAGGAGUUGCCCUCCCGGCAUCCGGCACUCGGGCGCUAUAGCGCUCAGGUGGAUCUCCAGAGGCCUCAAGACUGCAUAGAGUGUACGAAACUGAUGUACACUCUGUUGACGAAAAAAAUGAAGUGCCUGGGGACUGGGGUGAAAGUCACGAGGAUGGUUUUGAGCUUCACCAACAGCUCGCAUAGCGCAGUCCGUGGCUGUGCGUCAACAACCCCAUCCUCUUUUGACGUGAACGAAAUAAUUUACAAUAUCUGCAUAUUUGCAAAAAUGCACUUCCAUAACAACUGACUGCCCCGUUUUCAAGUAGUCAGAAGAAUAUUUGUGUCCACGACAAACUGACUGACGAGAAAGGACUCGAAAACAAGAUGAUAUUUAAAUGCACAUUAGCUUUGAAUGCACUGCUGUUCAUUAUUUUGAGCUGUAAAUAGUUGUAUAGUGAAAACCUGUACAAGUGCAACGAAUGGAGAAAUGACCAACUACAUUUCUUUGUAAAUAUAUAUA